AUGACAACCAAGCAACGAGUCCUCAGGGUCUCCACCGAGCAGCCCACCUAUGCUGUCUGUGUGAUGGGAACAGAAAUCUCUCUGGACGUCGGCGGAUCCAUCCCAGAGGGUGCCACAGAUUUUGUGGUCCAGGGAACCACUGAUCUCAGAGUCUCUGUAAUCUACGAUCCAAAGCUUGUCACACCAAGUGCAUCACGAUGGCCCCUGAACUCUGGUGUGGAGGUCAUCGUGGCCAUGAAUGGCCCCAGCAGCGCUGUCAACGAUAACAAGGUUAAAGUUUCCUAUUAUGGUCCAGCAGGAGAGACGCUUUCCAGUGCUUGGCUGUACCUCACUUGCAUGGCUAUUUCUCUGGAUGUUGAUACCAACCGAAAUGGAGUGGUACAGACCAAUGCAACCAACAAGAAAAAAUGGACCUGGGGCCCCAAUGGAAAAGGAGCUGUUUUGCUGGUGAAUUGUGAUAGGGAUGGCCCAAACUCUGGGAACAUGGACAGUGCUUACUCACACGUGCAAUCCUCUGCAGACCUAGAAGACAUGUCACUCAUGAUCCUGACCACCGAAGGCCCGGCUGACGUCUUUGAGAACUAUAAACUUCAUCUCUACGUCUCCAUGUCUGAUGCACCCAAACUGAGAGUUUUCCAUGAUAGUGGUAAUGCUUCUCUCUCCACUUAUGAGCAUGUGUUGGGGUCAGAUAAGCUCUCCUAUACAGUGAAAUGCUCUGGUGGGAAACAGCAGACUUCCUUCCUUGUGGAGGGCCUGGCCUUCCCAGACGCUGGAUUUGAUGGCCUGGUUUCCUUGAGCGCCACACUUUUGGAGGUCUCUAGCCAGGAUUGUCUAGACACCCCCGUUUUCUCAGACACGGUGCGUUUCCGGGUGGCUCCUUGGAUAAUGACCCCAAAUACCCAGAAGCCCUUAGAGGUCUUUGUCUGUAGCGUUGGGAAAUGGUCGGAAUCCAACAAGGACUUUGUGGAGGCUGUGAGAACUCUGGCCAAGGAAGCCAAUUGCAAGUUGACAGUUUGCCCAGAGCUAGACAAUCACCGUGACCGCUGGAUCCAGGAUGAGAUGGAGUUUGGUUAUGUGGAAGCUCCCCAUAAGUUGUUCCCUGUUGUCUUUGACUCUCCCAGGAACAGAGGACUUAAGUAUUUCCCAGUUAAGAAGAUUCUGGGACCUGAUUUUGGGUAUGUGACUCGAGAACCUAAAGAUGUCUCCAGCCUGGACUCAUUUGGAAAUCUGGAUGUUAGCCCUCCUGUGACUGUUGAAGGGAAGAAAUAUCCUCUGGGGAGAAUCCUCAUUGGGAGCAGUUUCCCAGGAGCUUCUAAAGUGAGAAUGGCCAAAAUUGUCAGGGACUUCCUCUAUGCCCAGAAAGUUCAGUCCCCAGUGGAACUCUUUUCUGACUGGCUUGCCGUGGGGCACGUGGAUGAAUUCUUGACCUUCGUUCCAGCUCCUGACAGACAGGGUUUCAGAUUGCUUCUUGCCAGCCCCCUUGCCUGUUAUAAACUAUUCAAAGAGAAGCAGAAAGAAGGUUAUGGAGAUGCCACGCUCUUUGAAAGCCUAAAGGGAAUAAAGAGAAGGACUAUUGACGAGAUCCUAACAAACAAAACCGAGCGCAGUGCCAAUGAAUAUGCACAGACUUGGAUUGACUGGAACCGCAGCAUUCUCAAGCGGAAGCUGGGGCUGAGCGAAGCAGACAUUGUCGACAUCCCUCAGCUCUUCGAGCUAGAGGGCUCCAGAGCAACUGCCUUAUUCCCAAACAUGGUCAACAUGCUCGUGCUGGGGAAACACCUGGGCAUUCCCAAACCGUUCGGCCCCAUCAUUGAUGGGCAGUGUUGCCUGGAAGCAAAGGUCCGCUCCCUCUUGGAUCCGCUGGGCCUGACCUUGACCUUUAUUGAUGACUUUUUCACCUACCACCAGUUGUCAGGAGAAGUUCACUGUGGCACCAAUGUCCGACGGGAACCCUUCUCCUUCCACUGGUGGAAUAUAUCCCCCUGA